AUGAAGGAGAGUGGUCGAAAACAUGGUGCACUUUCGCCAUGCGCAGCAUGCAAACUUCUUAGGAGGAGAUGUGCUCAAGACUGUGUGUUUGCUCCUUAUUUUCCAGCUGAUGAGCCUCAGAAGUUUGCCAGUGUGCAUAAGGUCUUCGGUGCUAGCAAUGUCAACAAAAUGUUACAGGAAUUACCUGAGCACCAACGAAGCGAUGCAGUGAGUUCCAUGGUGUAUGAAGCAAAUGCAAGGGUUCGUGACCCAGUUUAUGGUUGUGUUGGAGCCAUAUCAUCUUUGCAGCAACAAAUUGACUCUCUACAAACUCAGUUGGCACUUGCACAAGCCGAGGUGGUGCACAUGAGAAUGCGGCAAUUCACAUCUUCUACCAAUCCAGGAGGCAUGGACAUGACAGUUGAUCAGGCCAAUAUGGGGGAGUCUUUGUGGUCAUGCUAG